CUGACAGCCAAUCAGCAGUCAGCUCAGCCUUCUGAGAGGAAGGCCAUUCAAAUGGUGCAGCUUGGGUGUUUGCUUGGAGACCCUUGUCACAACAGUCAGGACUUCAAAGGCAAGCCAGCUGGCCUGGGGCUGUGGGUGAGGAGUGUGAGUGGCAAGAGGACAGACAGUGGGACAAUGAGCGGAGUGGAGAGAGUGUGACAGAGCAGAGCAGAGCAGAGCAGAGCAGAGGCCAGUACAUGGACACAAAGUUUGGAGGCAGAGCAGAGAGAAAGUGACACAACUGAGACCAGAAAAGCUGUUUAGGGAGACAGAGAAGGCGUCAUUUCCCCUCUUUCCCCUGGAGCAUGGUGGCAGAGAGCACAUGGAUUUAGUCGACCUCUACCUCCCAGAGUGUUUCACCUACCACUCUGGCACAGAUCACCUCGGCAGGAUGUCAGUGAGGGGCUUGGACCCCACCUGUCCCUCUUCUAUAAAGUGUGAGCCCUCCAGUCCCAGCCCCAGCUCCCAAGGAGACGUCAGCCCGGCGCAGCCCAGCCCAGGAAGCUCCUCCUCGGACACAAACUCAAGCUAUGGGCCCCUGAUAAAGGGCCACAGCCUCAGCAAUGGCCUGGACUCCCCAGGACUCUGUGGUCACACCGUGGCCAACAACGGAACGACCAACAGGAGGUUUGGCGAGGAAGAAGGCCAAGUGAAGUGUGAGUUCAUGCUGGGCUCGGUGGCCAAGCGGCUGUGUCUGGUGUGCGGCGAUGUGGCCUCAGGUUAUCACUACGGUGUGGCCUCCUGUGAGGCCUGUAAGGCCUUUUUCAAGAGAACCAUCCAGGGUAACAUUGAAUACAGCUGCCCUGCGUCCAACGAAUGUGAAAUCACCAAGAGAAGAAGGAAGUCCUGCCAGGCCUGUCGAUUUGUCAAGUGUCUGGCCGUGGGCAUGUUGAGAGAAGGUGUGCGUUUGGACCGAGUGCGAGGCGGCCGGCAGAAGUACAAGAGGAGAAUAGAUGCAGAAAACAGCCCUUAUCUGCACCCACAGAAUGUCCUGCCCCAGAAAAAAACAUUCUUUAUCGGUGGCAUGGUGGAGAACAAGGUGGUGUCUCUGUUGCUGGUGGCAGAGCCCGAGGGCAUCUUCGCCAUGCCGGACCCCACUGUCCCCGAGAGCGACAUCAAGGCUCUGACCACACUGUGUGACCUGGCUGACAGGGAGCUGGUGGUCAACAUCGGCUGGGCCAAACACAUCCCAGGUACGAUUCGGACCACAAUCUCACACAUCUCACUCAGUUCACGCUCACAAUCCAUCACACACAUUAGCUGACAUUAAGUCUAUAAUCAGACCAGAGGAAGAGAUUGUUGCUACGAGUGGUUGCCAAGAUGCUCACUGGAUGCUCAGAGGAGGUCAUGUUUGUGCUGCUUGGUGUUAUCUGUCAGUCAUCCUCU